CAUCCGGGUAUCACGGAAAAAGACAAGUUUAGGAAGAUUGACUGUACGUCUUGUUUUAUCAGCGAAAAAAAUGGGUUUUUAACUCAAGAUCUUUAAAUAUGGACCAAAUACUUAAAGGAAUAGUGGCUUCAGACCAUCCAGAAGACGUAAAAAAGAUACUGAUACAACAACUCGUGUCUAAAUCAGCAAACGAGAUACCGGAAGAGCAGUGUAAAUCCAUCUUUGAGAUUAGUUCUCAAUGGAUGGCCAAAGAAAACACAGUUUUUUUGAAUGACAGYGGAAAAUUAAUCCUUACUUCGUGGGCAAAACACCACAAAGAAGUCUUCCAGAGAUUUUUUACGGAGGAAUAUUUAUUGAGCUAUGUGGAAAACAGUCAAGAAAUGAGCGUUGCAUCGGUGAAUUACAUCAGAACAUCGUUUGAACUGCUCCAACAUACGACUCAAAUAUUUUCACUCUACACAAUAGUUCGUCAUCGUGCUAAUAUUUGGAUUAGCCAGAAGUCUGAUAUAGACUUCUGUGCGUCAGUUUGUCGUCUUCUUAUAGAAUAUAACCAUUGCUGGCCAGUUGGGGACCAUCUUGUCCAAACGUGCUUUUCAUUACUGUAUUGUCUUGCCAAAACAGAUUUACCAAAAUCCUCGAAAGAGGAAUUGAAAACUUGUAUAAGAAAUGCUGGAUUCGUUGCAGCCUUGAUGAAUCGUGUACUGAUGRAGAAUCAAAAUUACAUUUUACCUAUUUUAACUGAGUUAUUCAAAAUUAUUUCCUCCCAUGGACCAAACCCAUCUGUUGCUGUUGCAUCAGUUGUGCAGUUUUUUACCCCAGAAGUGAUUGACAGUUCCACUAAAAUGGUGGCUUGCAGUCCAUCAGUGUCUGAUGAGAACCUUGCGUUAGCUUUAACUCGUAUGAUUAGCUGGCUGUCUUGGCCUGGGGGAAGACGAGUYGAUCAGUGGAUAAUAUGCUUUUUACGGGCUCUCGCUAUGGCUAAAAAACACAAUAUCCUAAUUCAAGUCACUCUUGAAAAACUACCUCAGGUUUUUAGUAGACUGUUAUUUCCAAUGGUCAGAGACAGUACUAUGGGAGUAUUAUCACACAUGCUCCUGAGCUUCAAGCAUUCUCCACAAGCAUUUCAUUUGAUUGUAGAAAAUGUCCCAGAUUUGGUUAAAACGCUGAAGAAAGAAAACACUGCAUCAUCAAAGGCAUGUCUACAGACAUUAGCUGAGUUGAUGCACAUUUUGAUGUAUCAGCAUUCUGGCUUUCCAGAGCUCUAUGGGCCUGUGUUGGAUAGUCUACAGGACUUCACCAAGCCAUCUGAAGCCAUGAUCAAGAAGUGGCUGGCCCAGGCUGCAUGGUCUGCGCAAGCAUUCAACCAGAUACCACCGUCCAGAAUGACGCCCAAGUCAGAAACAGGAAGAACAGGACUGGUCAACCUGGGUAAUACCUGUUAUAUGAACAGUAUUAUACAGGCUUUGUACAUGCUGGAUGAGUUUAAAUGCUUACUUAUGGAAAGGAAUACCACCAGAGCUUUUGAAAAGGUCAUUUAUCGGCUGCAGGAACUGUUCGUAUUUCUCAAAAUGUCACAGCGUGCCGCAUUUUCCCCRUCCAAGUUCCAUCAUGUGGCUCGUCCCCCAUGGUUCACCCCCGGGUCCCAACAAGAUUGUUCAGAAUUCCUCAAGUACCUUCUGGACAGAAUCGAAGAAGAAGACAAGGUUGUCUCGAAUUUAACUGAACUCAAAGAGAAAAUCCCUCAUAGGCAACUGCAUAGUAACAUUAUCGAGGACACGUUUGAAGGRAAACURCUGGUGUGUCAUCGAUGUAGACGCUGUAACUAUGUGUCAUACCGUGAAGAAGUCUUCAUUGAUUUACCUCUAGCCUUUCCUCAAAACAGCACYUGGGUGGAUCGAGACUUAUCUAACGGACCAGGUAAACCUCUUGUCGACCAACCAGCAGAAAACGCCAACAUACCUAGCUCCGAUAGRAGUCUAAAGGGGGGAGAUAUCGGCCAACGCCCAUCGGUACCAUCAAUCUCAUCCAAUAGCAAAGGCGAAAGCGAGUCUAGUUCAGAGUCAGGGCCCAGUUCUCCGACCAAUAACUAUACACUGCCCAAGAGCUCUGGAUCUCAGAGCAAGGUGUCUACCUAUGGGAUAGGAGCUGAAGAUCCUAGUAUAUCCUUGGAAGAAAUGCUUGGGUAUUUCUUUGAACCCGAAAUUCUUGAAGGGUCAAACCAGUAUCACUGUGAACARUGCCAAAGCUUGCAAGUAGCCGAGCGCAGUGUCGUYAUCUCUAAGGCUCCRAGAUUCCUUGUGUUGAMUCUGAAAAGGUUCUCUUACAAUGUGACGACACACCAGAGAUCAAAGAUCCUACAGAGUGUUACAUAUCCAUUAAAAUUAAAACUGUCGAAUAAUAUCAUCCGAGUCAAGGAAGAGGAAGCCAAACGUGGCUCUCCUGUACUGGAGGAGCGCCAUACACCCCCUAUAGAUAAAUGCCUGAACGAUGAAAAAAUGGAAGCACCGCCUAGUAAGUGCACUAAACAAGAUUUCGAUUGCGCWCCUCCUAGCGCACCAAYGGUAGCUGAUAGUGCCUCUAGUGCGCUACCRCUAGAGAACUUUCCCUCAGAAACUAUGUACGCGCUAACGUCCGUUGUGGUGCAUUCUGGGGUGUCGUCCGAGAGCGGGCACUACUACUGUUACGCGAGGCCCUCGGGUCACGUGGUCCAGGAUGAUGACGUCACAGCCAAUGAAAACAAUGAUAAAAGUAGUGGCGGUAAAAAGCCACUUCAUUUGGUCGGCACGGACAACCAUUCUUGGUGCUUGUUUAACGACAGUAGAGUAUCGUCCGCGAAGUUUGAGACUUUCUCGGAAAUCACMAAACGAUUUCCCAAGGACACUCCCUAUGUGUUAAUCUAUAAGAACAUUAGUAAAUACGCUGGUUCAAGUCGUGGACCCAGUGUGUCUGGGGUAGCCAUGGAAACCAAGGAAUGUAAGAUCAGACAAGAUCUUCUGGAUUUGGUCAAUCUUGACAAUCUACUUUAUCUGCAG